UACUGGAUCUUUACUGGGCUACGGCCCCGUCUCGUGAGACAGGGCUCGCGUCGUCGCGUGGGCGUGGGUGACAUCGCCAUCGUGUCGUGCGGCCAUCUCGCGCUUCUGGAAGUUUCUCGAUAUCCCCUUCCGUUUCGCGGGGCUGCAGGGUUGCUCUCUCAAGUCUCGAUCCUGCCGCCGAGUCGACUCCGACCAUGUCGCGGCCGGCCUCCUCUGCGGCGGCUUCGUACACCAGGUACGAGACGCGCCGCCGGGACCCCGACCCGCGCGCGGCGGCGCUCCUCGUCAUCGACCUGCAGGGCCAUUUCGCGUCGAUCGCGCCGCCGAUCAUGCCGGCCGUCGCCUCCACCGUCGCGCUCUGCCGCGCCGCCGGGGUCCCGGUCGUCUACACCCGCCACGUCGACCCCGUCCCCCGCACCGGCCCGCUCGGCGAGUGGUGGCCCGGCGACCAGAUCACCGACGGCACGCCGGAAGCCGAGCUCCUCCCCGGCGCCGGCCGCCGCGAGGGCGACCUCGUGGUGGAGAAGCGGACGUACAGCGGCUUCGCCGGCACGGGGCUCGAGGAGGCGCUGCGGCGGAUGGGCGUGGAGGAGGUGAUCGUGACGGGCGUGAUGACCAACCUGUGCUGCGAGACCACGGCGCGGGACGCGUUCGUCAGGGGGUUUCGGGUGUUCUUCUCGGCCGACGCCACCGCCACGGCGAGCCAGGACCUCCAGGAGGCGACGCUCGUCAACAUGGCCUACGGAUUCGCCUACAUCGUCGACUGCAAGCGGCUCGAGGCAGCAUUUGGGAAGGCCAAGUGAGGUGCGAACAUGCUCUGCUCCUUUGCUCUUAUCUCCUUCACUUGUACUACUACAUAUGCGAUACAAGUAUGUUAUUUGUGAGUUUGUUCUGUUUCGAAAUUCAAAAGACCUGGAGUAGUGACUAUGCACUAGUGCAGCUAUGGUUAGUGACGAAUACACAUGUUGCUUGCUACUUGUUUGCACUAUGAUUCUAUGGGGUAUCAACUAUCAAAGGGCUCUUGGAUUAUCAAUUUA